AUGAAAGGAAAAAAAGUUCAGAAAGAUGAUAACGACCACAAGAAUAAUGUGAAUCAAUCCAUCAUGGAACAAUAUAAGUUAAUGAAUACACAUAAUACUUUCACUUCUUCUGGUCAUAAUGCACAACGAAAAGAGGAUUCUAACGUGAAUAAACAACCUGAUAAUUCUUCAAUAAAGACAAUGCCAAAUUAUCACAAGAUGCCAACUCUCGAAUUGAAGAAUGCCGUGGCAAAAUAUGGAGUUAAACCUUUAAGCAAAUCCGCCAUGAUUUAUCAAUUGGUCCUCAUUUGGAACUAUUUACAUAGAAAUAAUUAUUUAGAUGAUGAAUCACAAGACCAUGAAGAGAUUUUAUCGAAUGCUGAAAAUGUUUUGCCGAUCAGCUCCACCAGUGUUUGCUUAAUGAAAGCUUCAAACCAAGUAAUUUCAUCAGAUAAUAUUGUUUGCAUUAAAGAGUACCCAGAAUUAUCUAAUAAUACCAAACGAAAAGUAAAAAAUUAUAUAAUAUCAAAGUAUUAUGAUAAAAUCUUGAGAUAUGAGCCCUUGCAAUUUGAUGACUUAAUUAAGGAGAUUGUUGAUCAGGGAAUUUUAUGCACCGAAAAACAAUUACAACAUUACUUGGACAUGCUUAAUAUAGUAAAUAAGUCGCUAAAAAGAUCUGAUGAAUGGAAGAAAGAUCAUAAGAAAUUUAGUAAUCACGUAUACAUAUAA